UUGGUUUAAGUAGCAGAAGAGCGGGCAGGCAGCUUUAGUCACACUCUUGCCUGCACUGGGAUAGGAGAAGCAGCUAUGAAGCAUGCGUGUACUUCAAACAAGUCUUACGACGGUGAGUGGCGAUACAUCGUGGUCCUGUUCAUAUUUCAAUGAAUGUAUGCCAUAGGACGUUAGUGGAAAGUGCUAAAGUUAGGAGAUUCAAGAACUGCCUGCUUGUGUCCAUCUAGUGUCCAUUACAGUGCAUCCCAUUGAAAAGGGGGUUAAUAACAAACCUGCAAUUUAAUCUUUUCAACAGAUGCAAGUGAACGAAUGCGAGCAAUAGCCAUCACCGUGUAUUUUUCACGUUAUAUUCAAGAUACUAAUUACUAUAAUAUGGUAGCCAGAAGUGUUUAAUUUACCCAUUCUACAUAAAGUUCGAAUUCAUUCUGCCAUAAGUAAAAUUCGGAAUUAUUUUUAAGUCUAGUUUCAUUAGACGCACAGAGAACUGAGAACUAAAACUCGGGUUUUCUUCUACAAUUUCUUACUGAUUGAGUAGCCUGGCCAAUUUUGGAUUUUUAUCGGACAUGUUUUCAUUAUCUACGUAUCUCGCUUUUAGCACGUGGUUGUGCCUCUGUCCAUAUCACACGCACGCUGUGUCUGCUAGCACGAGCAGACAACGUUUACAGAGUCUUCUAGGCCAGUCAUCUUACUCGAGUUCUGUAACCCCAGAAAGUAAGGAAUACACUGACUGGCCACCAGAGGGUGGAUCUGGACAAUUGAAUGAAGGGAACAGAAGUGAAGUCUUAAACUCUUAUCAGCAAUUCUAUCACACGUUCUACGGAACACCGGAAGCAGUGAACGAUUUGCAAAGGACAUCUGGACCAAUAGGACGUGAGAAACUUUUCAUUACCCAAAAUAUUCAACAAAAGCUUGAAGAUGUCCGUCGAGCAAAUGACCAUUUUCUGGAGAUCAGAAGCAGGGCAGAAUGCAAGACUCCACAUCCGCAGGUAGUACGAGUGAAAGAUUAUUUUCCGGAUAUCUCCAAGUACUACGUUCCACACUGUACUAUUCUACAUCGUUGCUCAGACGAAACAGGUUGUUGUGAAGAUGGACUUCACAAAUGUGGCCCCCUACAGAUAGAGGAGGUCACUUUGUACUUUUAUACUCUACAUCUAAAAGAUAAUGGAAUGCGAACAGGCUGGAACAACGCCGUGGAAAAAUUACUGUUUAUUAAUCACACCCAGUGCGAAUGUCAACCAAUAAAUAAUCGGCCAAGGAUACGAGACAAUUUGCUUCAACCAAUUACAAACAACAGUCAGCAUCAAGGUCUUCCCAGUGAGAAAAGGUCAAAGUGUCCGGAAUGUCCAGUUCCUUUCCAUAGAAGGGAAUAUCCUGACGGCAGAUGCAGCUGUGAUUGUUUUGACCGCCAAAAACCGUGUUUAAGAAUUAAGAGAGGACGAGACGCUCUUGCAGAUAUAGAAAGAAGGUGUGUAUUGGCGGGAUAUUGUCACAUACCAGAUUGUGAAUAUGGACCUUAUGAUGCCACCAGUGGAAAGUGUCCGAAACGUCCAGAGGACUACACGAGAAAGAAGCACCAAGAUCGUAGUCAUAAUCGUCACUAUCACAGAUGGGCCUUUCUAGAGCGGGAUUAGCAUGUCUGAGACACAGUAUGAGAGCCACAGCUAUACGCCUAGUCUACACUACUCUAUAUACCCAGGGUUUCAACCAUGCGCUGGACGUAUUUCCGAAAUUCAAUCAAUCGCAGUUUUCACUGGCAGAACCUAAAUCAACAGACGUGAUACAAAGAAGAGUAACGACAAUUCAAAGUACUUCUCAUAGGAGUGCGAUAACAAUUCGGCAGAGUUAAAAAAUAGGGGACAGCAAUUUGGCAAAUGUUGCUCCUGCUAAAACUGUAUUGUAUUAUUACCCGUUACUGUUCGUACUUGCCUGGUUGCAAGUGUAUACGUGCAGUUAGACACUUGACGUGAGUUUCAUUGUAUCAAAAAGAGGUGUCCUCUUGUUCCAUUAAGUGUGCGGAUUUAUUUUAAUCUAUUGUUGUUUAAGUUGUUUGUAUUCAAAACUGUAAACAGUGUUAGUUUCUUAGAUGUAUGUACUUCACUCAUGUUGCAUCAAAUUAUAAAAAAAAAACACCAAAAUGAGUGCAAGGGUUGUCCAUGAAAUAUCUUAAAAAUGCAAAAUUUUUAGGUCUGUUAGAUCAUUUUUAAAUGUCAAUCAUUUUUCCCCAUUGAACUAUCUAAAGACCAAGGUUUAGGUACAUUGGGCCGUUUAAAUAUCAAUGUUUCUGCCAAUUGAACUAUUUAAAUGUCAAUAUUUCUGCCAAUUGAACUAUUUAAAUGUCAAUGUUACUGCCAACUGAACUAUUUAAAGACCAAGGUUUCUGCCAACUGAACUAUUUAAAGACCAAAGUUUCUAAUCAAUGGAUCAUUUGAAUAUCGAUAUUUCUGCCUUUUGGACCGUUUAAAAUGUAAGGUUUCUGUCAAUUGUACCAUUUAAUGAUAUGGUUCUCAUUUACUGAGACAUUCAUUUGUUGGUUUCUAGGUUAUGUAAUAACUCAAAAAUAUAAUGAGAUACGGAAUUACCAACCUGAAUUGUCAAUUGUAUUAAGGCUUCAAGAGAUCACACUCAAGUAUACUUGGGAUUCAACACACUGUGAAACGACGUUGGUAGAAACAGUCCAAGACAGUAAAGGUCGAGUUGGAUGCAAGAAAUAUUGAAAUGACAUCGGUGGGAUUAGUCCAAAAGAGUAAAGGUUAAGUGGGAUGCAAGACACUUUGAAAUGACAAAGAUAGAAUUAUUCCAAGACAGUAACGGUCGACUGGAAUAUUAGAUACUAUGAAACGACUUGAGUAGAAUUAGCCCAAGACAGUGAUAGCCGAGUAUAAUGUAAGGUAUUUGAAACGACGUAGGUAGAAUCAGUACAAGACAGUGAGGUCAAGUGGGAUGUAAGGCACUUAAUAGUGUCGUGGGUAGAAUCAAUCCAAGACAGUAAGAGUCAAGUGGGGUGUAAGGCAUUUGAAACGACGUAGGUAGAAUCAAUACAAGAGUGUGAGGGUCGAGUGGGAUGUAAGGCACUUAAAAGUGUCGUGGGUAGAAUCAAUCCAAGACAGUAAGAGUCAAGUGGGGUGAAAGGCAUUUAGAAGUGUCGUGGGUAGAAUCAGUACAAGGCAGUAAAGGUCGAGUGGGAUGUAAGGCACUUAAAAGUGUCGUGGGUAGAAUCAAUCCAAG